AUAAGGUUUAUAUAAAGGUUUAGCUUGAUAAUAAAGUAGGAGGUUAUUGUGCCCGUUAAAAUCGCGAGGUAAACAAACAUGGAGCUCCUGAGGGAGGCCCGCAGCGUCGUCGACUUCGCCACCUAUUAUCCACUUCUGAAUAAAGCAACAACAGACAAUGACACACCAAUACCAGGAUACAUCUUUGAAGAGAUCAUCAAAUUGAGUCACCAUUCUUCUGGACACCGUCAGCACCUAGUCGACUUUCUCCUGUCUCGUCUCCAAAGCUCAACAUGGCCUGGAAAGCAAAAGGUAAUACGCAUAUUACAGCACACUUGUUCUCGUGGUCAUCAAGGAGUUCGAGUCUACCUCCGGGGUAAGGAUGGAGAACUUCGACGAGCAGCAGCAUCAGGCGGGCCACCAGACCCUGUACUGGCAAACACACCGCAGCUCUUUCUUAGCUCAGCUAUACAGGAAUUGCUGGCAUUGCUGUUUGAUUCUCGAGUUAUGAAAGAUGACGAAAUAUGGAUGGCAGGAAAAGACAAUAGCGAGGGAAGUGCAAGCGGCAAUCAGCAGUCAUCUUGUGUCCAGGGGUAUGGGGCACAAGCUGCGAAGGGCAAGUAUGAAGGCUUUGGUAGCUCACCAGUAAAUCAAGGUGAAAAUUUGGUAAAUCAGGUACGUGGAAUUGUGGAACGUGUGAUGUCCCCCUCUGGGGAUACCAAGAGAUUAGGAAUGGACUUUCUUCAGGGUGAAAAGGGGGACUAUCAACCACUCUCCCUACCAUCUCUUGGCUCAUCAGUGCCAUGUCCAUCACGGCCAGUCUUACCUCAUAUACCAGUGCUAUCCACUUCUCACUCUUCAAAAUAUAAAGCACACAGAACAGGUCGAGCUGGAGGUGGGUGGGAAAGCGAUGAAGAAACCCAAGAAGCUUCUCCACUAAAUUCUGAAAUUGACCUUUCUCUUGGAUUAGUUGACCACCAGCAAGGUGAAGAGCAAACACCAGGAGCAAUUGAGGAAGAAUUUCUCGAAAAUGUAUUUGAUAACAAAAUAUCAUGGCCUGUAGAUCAUGACAGACUUGUGGAGCUUUGUCAAAAAUGUACAGCUUUUGAUCUUGCUUUGUUGUUAGGAAAAAUUUGUGGGAAAAUUGAAUUUCUGUGUGAUAGUGCUUACCAAGUUGAAGGUUCUCAAGAUACUGGAGGUUGUUCUGAAAAUAACUCUGACAGGUCCCAGAUUAAUAUUAGUGAGAAUAAGCUGGAGAUGAGCUUUUCUUCUACUGAAACUCUGACUAAUAAUGCUGUAUUACCAGCAAAUACAAUAAGCUUUGCAACUACAAGAUUGCUUAUCCUUCUUCUGCUUGUGGAAUUUGGUAUUCAUUAUGAUAUAUUUCCCCCAAAUUUAAUAAACUCUGUUUUAGGAAAAACUUUGCAAAGUCUUCAGGAAAAUAAAAAUGUGAAUUCAAUGGUUCGAAUAAAAGCAAAGAAACUCUCACUCAUUACACAUAAAUUUAUAUAAAUGAGUUGCAAAAUGCACCACUGUAUUUUGGUACAUAACCAACAUGAGUGGAGAAUUAGCAAUUAAACCUGUUCGUAAAUAAAAUACAAAAUUUGUUUAUUUUGUUUUGAAACAUUUUAAAUACUUCUCAUUGUUACUUUGCAAAUAUACAUGUGUAUUUUAAUAUAUAAAUAUUGUAUAUUAUAAAUAUUUUUGUUAUAUUGUUAUGCUGCACAAAUUACAAAAAUUAUAUUGAUACAAAAAUCUGGUCAAAUAAAUAUUUUAUUUAUAUUUACUAUAUCAUUUACAUAAUUUAAAUAGUCACUACAAAGUAUUAUAAUUUAUAUUACUCAUGACACUUGUAUGCAUAUGACGAGUUUGCAGUAGCAAAAAUUGUUUUAUGUGCAAUAAAAUUAUCAUGAGAGA